AUGGAUAGGAUCGCCGGCGAUACCCAUAAACUUGCUCCAGAACCCAUCGUGUUGCUCAAACAAUUCGACUACGAGCUUGGGCAAGCGCAGCUCGACUGGUACCACCUCUCCUUUGACAGAAAACGUGGCAUUGACAACUGGACCCCUCAGUGUCAUGGCCUUUCGGAGGAAGAAAAGCGCCGCGUACCACUGACGUCCGGCAUCAAACAUCGCAUCCUCGUCGACGUCUGUAAUGUUAGCCUACCAGCAGAUGGUGUGGAGACGGAAGGGAAAAAUCAGGAGACACUGGCGUUACCUGGACGCACAGAUGAGCUGUUUGAGAAGGCAAGCCCCAGCACUGAUGCUUUGACCCAAUUUCUGAGUUCAAUUAAGAUGCCAUCGGGGCUUUUGGACCCAACUGAAAUGAAUGGUACGAGGCAGCGGGAAACAGUGGUUGGGCACGGACAGCAGCACGGGGCAGUUGGAACACAUUUUGUGCACGCCUCCGCGAAUGUGUUGUAA